GGGCAAUCGAGAGAAAGGCAAAUUAGAACCUAACCUCAAAAUUAUUCGUACAUAUCAGUUUUGAAUGCGAUAAAGGGUGCUUUACUCACAUCCCACUGGCCGAUGAUAUCCACCAGGUUGUUGGCAUGUUUUCUUGACAACAUGAAAUCUUGGGCCUUCUGACGCAAAAGCCUCGUCGUAAUUUUUUGCGACGAGGACAUACCGGGACCCGCCAUGGCCGUUGUGUCGACUAAAGUAAAGGCAAGUAAAGAUUCAGAUUCAGAUCUAGCAGAAUCCAGAAUGGCGCAUGGUUCAUGAGGGUUGGGUCGAGUCCAUAAGUGAGGCAGGUAUACACGUAUACGUCACAUUUGAAAAUGGCUUUUCUUUUCGUCCUCCUCGAUUCCUGCACCAGCUCUGCGCAAGAUCAAUCUUUUUUCGUGGUAUUUGGUGGCAUUCGAGUCAGAGCAUUCUCGUCUUUUUGACAAGUUUGUCGUGCCUUGACUCUUACAGCAUGCGUCUAUACGUGAUUGCAGUUUUGACAUUUUGAUUAUAUUGUUGAAUUCUCGCUUCGGACUCCGGUUUGCUGUUAGGGUCCUUGAUGGAAUUUCGGAGAAAUACAAAAUGAUUGUGAUUCUAUUUGAGGAAACUUGUCAGGAUUGGGUACAUAAGGCGAAUAUAGAUAAAGGAUUCGAAGGAACUUGAAGGAAGGAAGAUAAACGUGAUACCGCAACAAUGUAAACAACGCAAACUCUGUCAACAAAAUUACAGAAAUUUCGUAACUACUCUUUAAGGUCGACGAUUGAGGGAAUAUAGGAAACAGCGUGCCAAAUUCAAAAAAGCAUGGAUCUCAAAACGACUAUAAAUAUACCUAAGAAUCCGAAUAUCUACAAUUGAGAACUUUAGUUAUUUAACGAAAGACAAUAAAUAUGGCUCAUCAAGAGACGAAUGAUUUAACGCGGGAAGAUUUCGACGCAGGACCUUCAAGUUAUAAUGAAAUCGAGCCGAAUCUCUACUUAGGAAACCUAACAGCUGCGACCGACGUCGAAUGGCUGAAGCAAGCUCAAAUCACUUAUAUUCUUACGGUGGAUUCGUGUCCUUUGCCAAGGAAAAUUCAAUGUCUCCCAGACGUGACGUUGAAAUACAUACAAGUUACCGACAUGCCUCGAGAGGACUUACUGACCUACUUUGAAGAUACCUAUCAAUUUAUUCUCUACGCUUUGGAACGAGGUGGUAAAGUACUCGUGCACUGUUAUUUUGGAGUUUCUCGUUCGGCCACUCUAAUCAUCGCUUACAUGAUGAAGAAGUACAAUAUGAGCUUCUCAAAAGCUUUCGAGGCUGUCAAACAGAAAAGGCGGUUCGUCGGACCCAACCCUGGAUUCAUAGCUCAGCUGAAACUCUACGAGCACAUGGACUUUAGCAUAAAUAACAACAACAUUCAAUUUAAAUUGUACAGGCUCCAAGUCGCAGCUGACAAUGUCAGGAAAGCUAAAAUUUUGCCCCAAAAUCACAUGGAUUUGAUAAGGUCGGAUCCAGGUUUGGCCACCGUUAGGCCAGAGCCAACAGUUUAUCGUUGUAAAAAGUGUCGAAGGAUUGUAGCAAAUGCUAGCAAUAUUUUACCUCAUGCACCGAAAGAGCAGCAGAUUUGGAGACAUGUGAGUACUAAACGCCACGACAAGCCGCCGAAGCAAAUAAAAUGUCUUCAGAUGCCAGAAUCUGCGACACAAGAAGAGCAGAAAACAGCCGAGAUAUGUAUGAAGACUUAUUUCAUAGAACCUUUGGCCUGGAUGCCGGAAAUCACGCAUAACGUAGAGGGAAAGCUUAACUGUCCGAAAUGCAACUCAAAGUUGGGCGCAUUUAGUUGGAUCUCAGGGUGCCAAUGUCCAUGUGGUAGUAAAAUCGCACCUGCCUUUUACCUUGUACCCUCCAAAGUCGACUGGAGUAAUGUUGUGCAAAAUGUACAAUCGACCAUCUAGGAAAAUUGUUUAGAGAUUAUUUUUUAAUGUCAGUUAUCUAAAAAUGAAUCCUUGAAAUCGAAAUUUAAAUAAGAUUCACCUUAUUCUGUGAUGAAUUGAAACCCACUCCACUUCAUAUCAUGAAAAAAGGUCCAAAUUAGGAUGUUAAAAUUAAAUAUGUUAAUCUGCAAUGAAAAUAAGGGUCAUCGUUUAGUAAAAAAAAUGAUUAUGACUUGAAAUUUAUUGCACGACAUUCUUUCUCACACAUGCAUGAAAAUACCACUUUUAUGCCUGUAGAACAAGAAGAAAGUUGCCGUUUGUAACCUACAGACGUUUCAACAUUACAAACAAUUUGAACGCGGAUGUAU